GUCAAGUGAAACAUUAGUUGGGUGUGCCAAUUUAAACAUCAGGCUGUGGCUUAGCUGUCAAAUGUAACCAAAAGUGUUUAUUGAGACAAUGUGCAGGGAAGCCAUAAGAUUUUGCUACUUUUCUUGGAUUAAUGUUGAGAAAUAAUGUAAAGUUUGUCAGCGGAAAAUGAAUUGUGUACCUUGUGUCAGACAGUCAAAGAAAAAAGUGAAGGCCGAACAACAGCGAGCUGAACUCAUCCACCCAGUCGUCCGGAAGAAGAAAUUUCACCGGUUAUUCAAGUUCGGUAAUCAAACAGUUCUUCGAAGCUGUCGGCCUUCGCUAGGGUCGUCGAGUGGAGGAUUUAUGCAAAACAUGAGAAGGAUUUUCAUGCCAUCACGAGCUGGCGAAUGUGAAAGUGGAGAAAGUGCACAUAAGUUAAAAACACCGGGUGAUUUUCAGUCUAAGGAUUGCUCCAAAAAUUCCUUUUCAUCGAGGGGUAAUAUAGCGAAAGUGCGAGAAAACAUAAGUGUGUCGAGCGGCUGUGACGGGUUUGCGAAGUGCGGUUUAUCCAGCCAGAUGCUCACGGUGAACCGACCGCCAAACUUUCACUGGGAGUAUCGGCAAACAAAACUGAAAAAGCUUGGCUUCCUUGGAGAUCCACAAGUACCAGAUAUGGAAUUGUUGUCCUCCGAAACCAGUGAGAUUCUGCAGCAAUCGCAAUUGGACGAAGUGAUGGCUGGCCAUGCAAUCAAUGAGUUAAAGUUAAUAACGACAAAGAGCACUACUGAUUAUCUCAGUUCACCCGGUAGGUUAUUUGUCGAAACUUUUCAUAAGAAAGGAUCUGCUUUGCAUGAGCAUGAGGUACUCGAUACGGUUGAAGCAAAUCGCACUACUCCGCUCGAGCGGUGGCCAUCUGAACUCAGUCAGCAAACGGCACUUAACGACAUUAGUACUGGGAUUUUAGAUUCAAGUGAAUUAGGGCAACUGUCCACAAAUACCGGCUCAUACUGGGCUGCUUUGGUGCACAACAAAUUAGCACACUCACCUAUACAUCAUGAGACCGGUGGAAACAACAGGAAUGACCACCUGCCACUCUCCAAGCCACAAGUCUUUCAAAGCAUAGGACUAUCUGAUGAUAUUCCGACUUCAGCGUGUUCACAUAAACCUGAUAGCUAUGAAGAGAGGAAACAUAGUAACUGCGCGCCGCAAAUACUUUUGUACUCCGAUGUAAACUCAGCUCAUGAUACCACCCUAUCGCUAACAAAAAGUGUACGCGAUUCGCAACGCUGCAUCAAUUCUUCAUUGUGCCUCCCUGAGACAGAAGUAGCACAGUUGCAAGACAUCUCGAAUUUCACCCUUCGCUUAGACACUGGGACAAUACAAGAAGUGGGUUUGUCUACGGGUGACAGGAAAGGCAUUAACUGUUCACCAUUUGUUAACGAUUUCUUAAAAUAUAACACCGGUCCAAGUGAACACACAAAGUUCAUAGCUGACUACGCGUUAAAGUUGGUGAAACAAAAUUCCUCUCCGGUAAUGUUCUGUUCUAAGCAAGUGGAUCCUUCUGACCUCUCUGACCUAGUGGAUCACGCAAAAGUACUUGGAAAAUACGCGUCUCCUGAGUCACGAACUGUGUUGCUUGACGCAGAAAUGAAGCCUGAGCUGUGCGGUUUGGGAUCAGACGACUUAGGGAUUAUGCGUGGGUCACGGAGAACUGUUCGCAUGCAGUACAGACAUUUGCGCGUGGAACAAAAGCAGCAUUUUAGAGGUCACUUGUAUCUUCUUCCUGUUGUGAGGCGCACCAGAACAUCGACGAGGUCACUGCGAUUGGCAACUGAUUCUGAUAGCUUGCUCCUGUUACUAGUUCCAUCUUUAAGGAGGAAGCAACCUGAAUAUCGCGUACACCCCUCCAUGAAAUAUUACAUGGGCUUGGAAAAGGUGAAACCAUACAGGAUUCCCAUUUGUCUCAGCAUCUCAAGAAUGUCCACCCAAAGUCAGAUGAUGAAAUGUCGUUUUAUACCCGGAAAAGCUGUCAAUCUAUGGAUAUAUGACAAUAGAAAAGAUAUGCAUGACCAUCAUUUCAGAUACGGGAAGUUAAAUGUGUACAGUGACCAAUGCACUUAUAAUAUGCCUGUUGAACUGAAGGACUUUUUGAGCGCUGUGAAAUUUAGGACGGUCUGUGGACCACAAAGAUCAACAGCACAAAUCCAUUAUACAAAUAGCCUGCUUUCUAUGCUAGGAAAGCUUGGUAGGUUACUUAACCUUCUCAUCUUCACAGAACUGGUGCGAGGUCGAUGCGUUUUGGUAUGUGCCAAAACGAAAGUUUUGCCCAUUCUGAAUAAGCCUAACAAAGAAUGCUCAUGUUCUCCUGUAUCUGCCAAUACUGAAGUUGAGGAAGGAGGUGGCGUUGCUAUAAAUAUGAACAGUUUCACAUUGACCAGUGAAUCAUUAUCGAAACGUGUGAUCGAUGUGGAUUUCACAUCCAAGCACAGAGACCACGACAUGAAGUACAUCGUCCCAGAGAAGUCUCAGACUAACUAUUUGGUUAAAACGACAGACCAAUCCAGUAAAACUACGCUUGCCGCACAGGUAAAUGAAGACCUCCUUUUCCGCGAGUUUGAGCAUUUAUGUUGUUCAUCAGUAGAAGAGAAUGGGGCCAAAAAAGGUUACGUAGAUGACAGCAUGCUCAGUGCCUUAUCCACCGAUGAAGAGUUGCUGAGAAGGUUAGUUCGGAAUCGACUAAACAAAGAAGGUUCAAGGCUUAGCAGGGACCAAUUUGAAAAUUUCAAUCUUGCAGUUCCUGCAUAUUUUAAUUCAAACAAAACGAGUAGGCAAGUUUUCCAUACGACGAAAAUUGUCGGAAGGAGAAAAUGUAACGUGUACAAUGGAAAUAUGCAUUCUAACGCCGAGACAGGCACUUUGCACUGGACAAAUCGAACAGUGUCGCUUCCUACUCUACUGGCAGCUCCUUCUUCGGACAUCCAUGGAAAAUCAAAUGCUUCGGACUCCAUAAACGCUCAGCUACCUCAGGUUGAGGUAGAACUUGAGGAAGGUCCCGGCUUCUCAUCGAUUUCGCAAUACGUCCGCCAUUGGCCUCACUUCAUCCUCAGUUGGGGUCAACUGAAGGGCAGUUUGAGCAAUCCAUUUUCUGUGCUGGUAAUCUUCGUUGGUGUCACCGCAAUAGCACCUCAUUUCCGAAGAAUGCUCGCAUGGCUGGCGGGUGUAUUUGGCUCAAAGAAUGCUACAUUGUGAGAAAGGUGAGAUGAGUUGAAACGGGAAAAUCUCAUCCUUCUCGGUGGUUUUCCUCGAUCAAGGUAGCGAUGACAAAUGAACAGUGAAAACGAAUAGUCUAUGGACAACUGCUUCGGUUCCGCUGGAUCUCGUGGAUUGCCCUUACAAUGUGCACAUUCUACUUACAUUUGACGGUCAUAGUGAUUCCAUUAAUUUUACUUACAACACUGUGUUAUUUGCACGCCUCUUUCGUAAGAGACCGGCAUGCAUACAAAAGGAUAGCAACUGCGCACCCGCACACACACAAAUCAAUGUCACGCCUUGGUUGUUUUUCAAGCAACCACCGCUCAGUAUAACGUUAAAAGGUUAUUUUUGUACUGGGACGAAGAGAUUGCAUCGAUUAAAUCGAUCGACUAUAUUUUCCAUAGUCUGAAUGCCGUCCUACAAUUACGACGUAGCGCUCACUAGGAUCAAUCGAGUAAAUGAAACAUGAGACU